CUUUGUUACGAUCUCAAUUUAUUACUGGAAACUGGCGGCUCAUAACGGGAAUUUUGGAACUAAUGAUAGCAAGCUUCUUUAUCGGUUGGACAUUUCUUGUCCUUGUGUAAGAACUGGGAAUUUUGAGGUUAGAAUAACGGAGCGGAGAGAGAACGAGUUGUAUAGAACACAAAGUGUUAGGUAAUAUUCCUAACGAUGGCAGGUGUACUCAAGAAGUCUACACGAUUGACAGGGCUGGCUGUGAACAAAUAUCCUUACGAGGAUUUAAUUCCGCUGUAUAAUAAACUCCUGGUGUUGUUAACGAACUUUCCUAAGGAAUACGUUUAUCGAGAAGUAACAGAGAAAAUUGCCAAAGACAGAUUGGAUAUUGUGAAGAAAAAUACCGAUAUACGAACUGUAGAGGAAAAAAUAGACUGCGGACAGGUUGAAGAACUCGUAUUACAAGUCAAAAGCGAGAUAUCGUUGGCACAGAAGAUGUUAGAAUGGAAACCGUGGGAGAAAUUGAUGCAGGAGGCACCAGCAAAUCAGUGGGCAUGGCCACCUCAUAAGUAAUCUUAAUUUAUAUAGAUAUUUGUAUAUAGCAUUAGAAACACUGAUAUCGGUGCAAAUGAAUUGUAAGUUGUUUAGUGUACCUACAUGGUGUACCUCAAAAUAUGGUAUGCUGUUUAAUAAAUAUCUCCCGUAACCUCA